UAUAAUUCAUCCAAUAACCUUGCACAAAUCAUUGUUCGAUUAGACACAAUUAAUAACUUACCAUAAACCCAUAGCUCUAGAAAUUAUUCAACCGUUCCCUUUCUUUAAUAUACAAAGAAACAAAUAGAAUUUGUCUUAUAAUAAAACAAAAUUUAAUCAUGAUAGUAAGUAGAAAAUCUCUUAAUUUCCUCUGUUUUUUCCUCUGGUUUUUUCUUUUCUCUACAAAGCUGUUGCAAUUUAGCCAAGUUUUGGUAAACUUCCCCAUUAAACCUCUAAAUUUAGCACAUUCACACAACAAAUGCAUGUUGGCAAUGUGGAUUUCAUUUAACAGUUGUAGAAAGAAGGUGGAUGAUGUCAUUUGUCAGCCAAAGAAACUCUCCAAGCAAAGAAGCCAAGACCCAGAUGAGCAUGAGCAUGAGCAUGAGCUUGAGCAUGAGCAUGAGCAUGAGCAUGAGCAUGAGCAUGAGCAUGAGCAUGAGCAUGAGCUUCUCACUGGUAGUAAAACUAUGGAGAGCAUGCUAAGUUACAAGCAAACUGCCCCUCCUAGAAGCUUCAAAGAAAUUGGUAUAGGAGACCCAUCAAGGAACAUCAUCGAAAAGAUCCUUGGAGAUGCUUUAACAAACCCGAAAAAGAAAAUGUGGAAGAUCAGAAAGGUAUUCAGAGUGAAGAACUCACCUGAAGUCAUAGAGAAGUUUGAGAAGUACAGAGACUUGAUGAAGCAGAAAGCUUUGGAGACUGGAAACAAGCAGCAACCCAGGAGCUUGGUUGAUGGGAAUGAGCUCUUAUGCUUCUAUGUCACUACCAUGACUUGCCACAGCAGACAAUCAAAGCUAUUCUCAGGACUUUGUGAACGUUCUGACUGUAAUCUGUGCCGGAUUAUAUGCUCUAGUUUUGACAUCAAGUACACAGCAAUGUCAGGGAUUCAACUAUGUAUCAGCAGUGAGGCUUUAAGGGAGAGUAUAACAGCAGUUUCAAAGGGAAAUAAUUCUAAAAGGGCAGUGAUUAUCUGCAGGAUUAUAGCAGGAAGAAUAAAAGGGAAAAAUGAUAGAACAAAUGAAGACUACGAUUCGAUUAAAAAUUACAGAGGCUUUUGUUUCAAGUCUGAGCAUUUGUUAGUCAAGAACCCUAAUGCUGUACUUCCUUGUUUUGUUCUAGUAUUGAACUAAGUUGGGACUAUUCUUUUCUAUCAUGUACAAAAACUAGAAAUAAUAUCAAUUGAAUAGCAAACAUAACGGUUUUGAUUCCUUCGAAAGCUGUGGUUUUUUUCAGCUUCAGCACAAAGGACCAGUACAGGAGUGUGAAUUUGAGGAAAGCAUAAGAAAACUUCUCACCAUUUCAUGAAAGGGAGAAAACCACAACAUAAACAUAACUACAACUUACUCGCUAACAGAUUAAAGCUGGAGUAAUCAAAUGGCUAAAAUCUAGACAAGCAUCAUGUUAUGUGAUAGAACCUUGAGAAGAUUGCAGCAGCGGCAUAAAAAAUGCCCUCAAUUAUGGCGACAGCUCAUCUUUCAUACGGAUGGAAAACCAGGCUAGAUUAUUAGCCACUUCACUGAUGGUAUGAUAGAUGUUGACAGUGCAUUUCAAGUGGAGAAAUCUGUUCAGUUUCCAGGCCUGAGCAUCAGUUUUGAGGCCUGGGCAUCCGUUUCAGGUUCUGACUUCUGAGUGGGUGAUGUUGAAGUCUCUUGGUAGUGAAAGUCCUCUUUAUGACCAAUAAUAUUUGGAGCUCCACCUCUGAAAUAAUUUCAAUAUUGGAAGUUGGACAUAUAUAUAAUACGGAGUACUUCGUUGCGAAUUAAAUCGUCCACCCAUUUUGUUGAACCUUACUGCCAUGCGCAAGAUGUAACCAUUGCUCGGUUCAUCCACCCAAGGUAAAGAGUUCCAUCUCUCUCUUCAAGUCCAUAACUCCUGCUGUACUUGU